AUGCCUAGCAAGCUGAAAAAAGCGAUUGGAGCGGUUAAAGACCACACGAGCAUCAGCCUCGCCAAAGUCGCCACGGGAGCCAACGGAGGCGGCGACCUCACAACCCUCGAAGUCGCCAUCCUCAAAGCCACAAGCCACGACGAAGACGUCCCAAUCUACGACCGUCUCGUCUCAGACAUCCUCUCAAUCAUCUCCUCCAAGAAAUCACACGCCGCGGCCUGCGCCGCCGCGAUUGGUCGCCGCAUCGGCCGCACGAAGAACUGGAUCGUCGCGCUCAAGUCCUUAGUCCUCGUCCUCAGAAUCUUCCAAGACGGUGAUCCUUACUUCCCUCGCGAAGUCCUCCACGCGAUGAAACGCGGCGCGAAAAUUUUAAACCUCUCCACCUUCCGCGACGACUCGAACUCGUGUCCUUGGGAUUACACAGCUUACGUGCGUACCUUCGCGCUAUACCUCGACGAACGUCUCGAUUGUUUCUUAACCGGGAAGUUACAAAGACGUUACACUAACCGGGAUUCCCAAACCAAUUCAAAAUCCCGGUUUAAUACUAAAUCUAACGAACCGGCGGUUAGAGAUAUGAAACCGGUUAUGCUCAUCGAUAAAAUCACGUACUGGCAGAGAUUACUAGACAGAGCCAUCGCGACGCGGCCAACGGGAGACGCGAAAGACAACAAGCUCGUGAAAAUGUCUCUCUACAUCGUCGCGCAAGAGAGUUUCGAUCUUUAUAAAGACAUCUCAGACGGCUUAGCGCUUCUUCUUGAUAGCUUCUUCCAUCUACAGUACCAAUCUUGCAUGCACGCGUUUCAAGCGUGCCUUCGAGCUUCGAAGCAGUUUGAGGAGCUUAACGGAUUCUACGAUCUUUGUAAAUCUAAUGGCGUGGGACGCACGUCUGAGUACCCUAGCGUUCAGAAGAUCUCUUUAGAGCUUCUUGAGACGUUGCAGGAGUUUUUGAAAGAUCAGUCUUCGUUUCCGGGGAGUGUGGGGGCGGGGAUGGGGGUGUUUCCAUCCCCGCCUCCGCAUCAGUCGACGGUUUCGAGUUCGCCUGAUGCGGAGGAGAGGUAUUGGGACUGUGGUGGGUCGUCGUUUCGGAGUACUUCUUUGGAGGAUUUGAUGAGUAGGACUGAUGCGGGGACGAGUAGUCCUCCGAUGUCGUGUCAGUCAGAGCCUUACGGAGGAGGGAGAGAUGAUUUUAAUGGGAAUAACUUCGAUACGGUUUCGACUAAGUCUCUUCCGAACAAACCCUCAGUUUCUGGGGAGGAGAAGGAGAAGAGGAAGCAAGAAGAUACAAAGGUGGAGAGUUUUGAUCCUUGGGAGGCUUUGAUGUUGCGAGAUGAUCCGAGGAAGAACAUGGAGAAGAUUGCAACCUCUGAGGAUCAGAGAGAUUCAGGGAAUUGGUUGCUUGCGUUGGAAGAAACAGCUACGCAAGUACAGGAUAAUACUAACCCUAUGGCGAUAGUACCGUCAGGGAACUGGUUGCUUGCGUUGGAAGAAACAGCUACACAAGUGCAAGAUACUAACUCGAUGGCGAUUGUACCGUUUGGAUUAAAUGAUCCAAUGCCUGCGAUUCAAGCAACUACGGACCAAUACAAUCCAUUCUUGGAAGAAUCAGCUACGCCUUUAGCUGCAGAGUCAGACUUUCAGCCUUUAGCUGGAGAACUUAUGACAACGUUCGAUGCCUUGGCUGUGACGGAGUUUAAGCCGGAACCGACAUUUCAGGUGAACUUUCCUGAAGAUUUUGAGCCGUCGUCGACGCCAACAUUCAAGGCUACGGCGAUUCAGCCGGUGAAGUGUGACCCAUUUGCAACAUUUGAGAGUUUUGGGUUUGGAGAGACUGUUUCAGAAAAUGGAGGGGUAGAUCAGCAAUCUGUGUUGCAAGAACAGCAGUUAUGGUUGCAGAAUCAAAACAAGAUUAUGGCUAAGCAUUUGAUAUGA